AGCAUGGGGCUUGGGUUCCUGGUAGCACCUUGCAGGGUGAGAUGGCUGCUCUCCGUCCAGAGCGACCUAGCAAGCCCUUUCUUUGAGUUGGGCCGUCCAAGUAUUUGCCUCCAGACAUCCUGCAUUCGCUACGUCCCUUUUCUGAUGCUUGAUGUCUGAACUGUCUGCAGCUGCUUUCCUCACUCCUUGGUUUUACAGCUAUUUUCCAUAUUGCCACCUUGAUGCCCACCAAAGAUUUGGAUAAAUAUUGCUGUGACAAGAAACGACAUUUGGGGAAUGAUUUUGUUUCCAUAAUUUACAAUGAUUCAGGGGAAGACUUCAAACUGGGGACCAUAAAGGGCCAGUUCAACUUUGUACAUGUCAUCAUCAAACCCCUGGAUUAUAACUGUAACCUGCUUACUUUGCAAUGCCGUAAAGAUAUGGAAGGGCUCAUUGACACAAGUGUGGUGAAGAUUGUCUCAGACAAAAACCUUUCAUUUGUGGCCCGGCAGAUGGCGCUACAUGCCAAUAUGGCUUCUCAGGUCCAUCACAGCCGCUCCAACCCCACUGACACCUAUCCGUCAAAAUGGAUUGCUCGGCUGCGCCACAUCAAGAGGCUCCGGCACAGGAUCCGAGACGAAACUCAGUACCAGGAGGCUGGUUUUCCCACCGUACAUCCUCCGGUCCCUACAAAGGCCUCUGCCCGUGUCCCUCAGGACCCAGCUCCCACCUAUGAAACUGGACAGAGGAAACGCUUGAUUUCCUCAGUGGAUGACUUCACCGAAUUUGUGUAGGAUAAAAAGCUGCCUGUGUAAACCUCUCCGGGGCACCGGGCUUGUUUUUCCCUCCCAGGCUCCAGCUGCAGACAUUUCAGCCUCUUCUCAGCCUGAGAGGUGGGAUUGCAGCUCCAUGCUCCCUUGAAAACUGCUGGCCUAAAGAGACAUGUGGCUCUUGUGCAUUUUUUUAACCAACCAUUUUGGGAUUAAGCUGCUUAAAGCGAAUGAAGACACAACUCAGAUUCGUGAUGUUUGUUUGAAGUGACAGAAGAAUACUCAGCAGCCUGACAUUAAUCUCCCCAGGCCUCCAGUGUUCCUCUGGCAUCCUAGUAGUUUCAUAAGAUGUGCCUGCUGUUUACUUCUGUUGGGGUGAUUUGUGGCUUGCGUUGAGAGUUUGAUCCCACAAGAGCUGCAGAACUGUUGGUUCUCCAACAAGAGAAAAGCCAGUAUGGCAAUCGUGUGUGGACAGUUAUUUAAGCUGAGCUUCAGGAGGCGUUGGAGGCUGAUCACUGGACAGUUUUGCUUAAAUCUGUCCCAGCUGCCUGUUGAGAGCAAAACUUACAUCAAAUUUAGGGAGAGCGUUCUGAGAGAGGGCCUCUGCAGUUCCUUUUUUUACUAGGCUGCACGGCUAAUGGGAAAUGUAAACAUUUUCCUUCUUAACUAAAGCAAGAAUUUCGUUUGCUGUUCUACAUCUGUCUCUUUGGAAUUCAGCGAUUGGAUGUUCUGUCUGUGUGGCCAAAGACUAUUCUUGGGUUCAAGCUGUAUCUGUUUGGUGUAUUCACAUAAAAAUAGGGAAAGGACCGACACUUCCCGAAAGGGGGUGAGAUAUGGGGCAGCAAUAAAACCUCAUUCUGUAUCGCUUUUCUUGUCUCUCACCUUUGCUUUGAUGCAGGAAUGAGGGGGGAAGUGUAAAGCAGUUGGUGGUGCCUGGGGUGCCAUCACUUCCAAGACUCCCUUUCAGGUACA